AUGCAUAUCCUGGGGCUUCUGCCUGGGAACAAACAACAUCAUUGCCCUUCCCAUGUCUUCCUUCAACCAACCUAUGCUUUCUUUCCAGCAACCUCCACCCUCAAAAAGACAACUGUACUGCACGCUGUGCCGUAUACCAUUACAGAGAAGACCACUGCUAUACCCACUACCACCAGCAUCUCCAAGACCUCCAUCUCCAGCGAGGCCAGCAGCCCAGAAGUCCCACUGACCACGACAUUCCCUGCCCCUAGCAGUCCUCUCAGCACUAAGCUGCCAUCUGCUGCCACGUCCACAAUCUUCUCUACUUCGCCCCCAGUGUCCAUACCAGAGCCUACACUUACAACCCUCUCUCCUUCCACAUUUCCCUCUUCUGAGAGUGCUACAUAUUCGUCCUCCACACACAACACCACGUUUUCUUUUACUCCGCCUGGUGAAACAUUUUCAGUAGCAUUUCCCACUGCUGCCUCUGCCAAAUCCUCUCCAGCUGUGAUCCCAAGUCUAUUACCUACCACAAUUAAGUUUGCUCCCGGUAUCACCACUACUGCUUCCACAGAGAUCCCAUCCACUGAACAGACGUCCAUUCAAACAACGACAUUAACCACCACCCGCACCACAUCAGCUCUUUCUGUCACUUCUGGUCUUUCAACUUCCAUGUCUCCUUUUAGGCCAUCAACAGUACCACAAGAGUUUUGUAAAAAAGUGGAAUAUGAAGAAAACAUAACUUACAGAGGCUGUUCUGCAAACAUCACUUUGAGCCGAUGUGAAGGACUGUGUCCAUCUUCAACAAAGUUGAAUGUUGAGAACAUGGUGCUCAAUGCAGCAUGCAGCUGUUGCAGGCCGUUACAGCUCCAUAAGGAGGAAUUUCAGCUACCAUGCGAAGACCCAGAUAACCCUGGCAAAAGGCUCACUAAGGAAAUUACCGUGUUUGGGGGCUGCGUUUGCAACUUUGACAGCUGCAUACAAUAGCCAGACCUUCUG